AUGGAAUCACGAGCAAUCACUAUCCUCCUCAUCGGGUUCUGCUUCCUGGCUUUGGUCAACAAGUCCGACGCCGUAUGCUGCCGCGCUAAGGAGGAAUUGAUCUUUAAGAUGAACAAGGGAGGGUGCAAGGAUGUCGGAGGAUAUGGAGAAAAUCCGCACAGGUGCAGAAUCGUAAUCUGCGCCGAUGGAUUUGCCCAGGUGGGCAUGUACUGUGGGCAAUCAUCUUGCAACAUCUUCGGUUGCAACUGCGAUGGCGGAUGCUUGGAGGGCGAUUGGAGCCAGAGCUUUGCCUACAAACAUAGUUACUACGGAAUCGAACUCAUAAAUGUAAAAAGAUUCCUUUGA